UAAACAGGGAAAUGGCACAUUCAGUCGUCGAAGUAUUCAAGAAAUGGAGAUGAUGUUGAGUGACGAUUUAGUGGUUACUGUACUUGCAGACACACCUAAUACAGUAGUACAUUCAGCUACUCCAGAAUAUCGAUCAUCCAUUAUCCAUCGUCCAUUUCCACCGUUACCAGAAAGUUUGGGUAGAUCUUCGCGUGUUACACGUUCUGACAAAGUUCGGAUGCAGUUGCGAGGCCAAGUUCAUCAACGGUUGUAUACAGAUGCAUUAAUCAAUG